AUGAGUGGGACCUGUAUCCAUGAGCCCCGUGCCCCUUCCCCCUCCCUGUCAGGCUUCAGCACCCCCAUCUCGGAACCCCCCUAUCGAAGACUCGAUGGAGACACCCCUGCAUGCACCCCCGAAACGGACCUGACCCCCACACAGUGUGUCCUCCGUAACGUGCUGUCCAUCGACACCGGUGGACCGGGGGCGCCGAGCGGCAGCAGCCCCACUCCCAGCGAUGGAACCUCGACCCACUUUGACAACAGCGUGCUAAAACUACAUGAACAUGAGGCCUGCCAGUGUGGCGGCGGCGCCGAGGCAGGGCACAGUCCGGAGGCCGGCGCCGUCCGGAGCCAGUCGGAGAACAUUCGGCUACAAUCAGGAAGUGGAGGUUUUUUGGAGGGACUGUUUGGCUGCCUGAAACCAGUAUGGACCAUGAUUGGAAAGGCCUACUCCACUGAACACAAACAUAGCCAUGAAGGUAUGUGACAUUUAGAGUCCUGGGAAGUUCCUUUUGAGGAAAUCUCCGACCUGCAGUGGGUAGGCAGCGGGGCACAGGGGGCCGUCUUCCUCGGCAAGUUCCACGGAGACGACGUGGCUGUGAAGAAAGUGCGGGACAUCAAAGAGACCGAGAUCAAACACCUCCGCAAACUCAAGCACCCCAACAUCAUCACUUUCAAGGGCAUCUGCACCCAGGCUCCUUGUUACUGUAUCUUGAUGGAGUACUGUGCCCAAGGCCAGCUGUAUGAGGUGCUGAGGGCGGGUCGCAAAAUCACCCCCUCCCUCCUGGUUGACUGGUCCAUGGGCAUCGCGGGGGGCAUGAACUACCUGCACCUCCACAAGAUCAUCCAUCGAGACCUCAAGUCCCCAAACAUGCUGAUCACACACGAUGACCUGGUGAAGAUCUCAGACUUUGGCACCUCGAAGGAGCUCAGUGACAAAAGCACCAAGAUGUCAUUCGCCGGCACCGUUGCUUGGAUGGCUCCUGAAGUAAUUCGGAAUGAGCCGGUGUCGGAAAAGGUGGACAUCUGGUCCUUUGGAGUGGUGCUGUGGGAGAUGCUAACCGGAGAGAUCCCUUACAAAGACGUGGACUCAUCGGCCAUCAUCUGGGGUGUGGGAAACAACAGCCUCCAGCUGCCCGUACCUGAGAGCUGCCCCGACGGCUUCAAGAUCCUCCUCAGACAGUGCUGGAACUGUAAGCCGAGGAAUAGGCCCUCUUUCCGCCAGAUCCUUCUUCAUCUGGAUAUAGCGUCAGCCGAUGUGCUGUCCACUCCACAAGAGACCUACUUCAAGUCUCAGGCUGAAUGGCGGGAAGAGGUGAAACAGCACUUUGAGAAGAUUAAAUCUGAGGGUACUUGUAUCCACCGACUCGACGAGGAGCUGAUCAACCGACGCAGAGAGGAGCUCAGGCAUGCUUUGGACAUUCGCGAGCACUACGAGAGGAAGCUGGAGAGAGCUAACAACCUUUACAUGGAGCUCAGUGCCGUCAUGCUGCAGCUGGAGCUCAAAGAGAAAGAGCUGCAGAGGAGAGAGCAGUCUUUGGAUAAAAAGUAUCCAGGUUUGUUUAAGCAUCACAGCUCCAGGCAGAGCAGCUCCUCCAACACCAUGGACAAACUCAUCAAGAAGAGAAACGUCCCACAGAAACUGCCCUCAGGAAAGAGGCCAGACAUCCUCAAGUCUGAGGUAAUCAUUCCAAAAAUGGACUCCUCCGUCAUGCAGGUCACUAUACCAGCCUGCCCCAACAGAAGCUCCACUUCUCCCAACCGGUCUCGGAGGGUAAAGACCCGCCACCGCAAGCCCGGUAAGGGCAGCAGUGGAGACCUGGCUGGACUUAAGGCGAAUCAGUCCUCCUCUAAUAGGGACACAACCGCCCAGGUUAACAGUUCCACCACUAACCCCGCCAAGCAGCUCCUGGAGCCCUCGGCAGCCCUGCGGGGCCUCAGCCACGAGCAGCAGCAGAGGCAGCUGUCCUCCUCCAGCCCCGACCUCAUCUGCACCACCCUGGAGGCGGAGGGGCAGGGAAAAGGGGAGCCCUCUGUGGGGGGGCUUGAGCGAGGGGGCAGCCUCAGUGCCUCUGCGGGGUUAGGGGGGUCAGAGGCGGGGGCAGCCGGCCUGGAUGAUCUCACGGAAACCCCUCCACGCAGUGACACGCCGAGCGAGGAUGCGGCUUCGUUCCCGUUCUCCAGCAGCCCGGACUCGCCCUGUGGGAGGGGGGCGGCAGCCGGGAGGGGCUCUCUGGGAUCUCCUCGUCUGCCUCAUGAUGGGGAGGAUAAAGAGGAGGGGGCCGGGGCUGUGAGGUUGCCCCGCGGGGCGUCGGGGGGGAUUGGGAGUCAGCACCUCACUCCUUCAGCCAUUCUGUACAGGGCAGCUAUCUCACGCAAACAGAGGCGUGGAGUGUCAUCAGAAGAGGAGGAGGGUGAAGUUGACAGUGAGGUUGAGUUACCACGGAGACGACGUCCGACGAGCAUCACCAAGUGCCAGUCAGUGUCCACCUUCAGCUCAGAGAACCUGUCGGUGUCGGACGGCGAGGAGGGCCACACUACGGAUCACUCUCACAGCGGCACCCCCGACGUGGUCAGCACCAACACGGACGACCGGUUGGACGACCGCAGCGAUGACCUCCUCUCUCAGGGGUCGGAGAUCCCGGCGGACAACACUGAUCCGGCGCAGGCUUCCGAUGGCCUGUCGGAGAGAGACGGAGCGCUGGGACAGGCCAAAGCUCAGCUGGACGUCGGGGUGAAUCCUAGUGAGAGUCGGGCCCUGUGCGAUGACUCUGACUGCGACAGUGCAGAGCUGGAUCAGUCGGGUAGCGGAGAGCCAAGUCGUCCCCCCAGUGCUGGAGCAUGGGUGUCUCCGUCUCAGCCCUAUCAGGGGUCUCCACAGGCCCCCCAUACUGGACCUCCAUAG